GAGUAGAUUCGGCAUCGCUCAGACGCCGCGCGGGGUGGGGAUUGGUCCACGCGUUCCUGCUCCAACUUCUAGCAGUUCGGGGCCACAGCUCGCCGCACACCUGCUUGUUCAGCCAGUCUGACGGCGCGGGGAUUCCCUCCUGCGCUCCCUCCUGCCUGCCGGUCCACAGGGAGGAGAGAAGGGCUGGACCGUCCCGCCCCCAGCCCCCAACAAGACCCCACGUCGCACCACUGAGCCGGGCGAGAUGAGCGCGGACGCGGCGGCCGGGGCGCCCCUACCCCGGCUCUGCUGCCUGGAGAAGGGUCCGAACGGCUACGGCUUCCACCUGCACGGGGAGAAGGGCAAGGUGGGCCAGUUCAUCCGGCUGGUGGAGCCCGGUUCGCCAGCCGAGAAGUCGGGGCUGCUGGCCGGAGACCGGCUGGUGGAAGUGAACGGCGAGAACGUAGAGAAAGAGACCCACCAGCAGGUGGUGAGCCGCAUCCGCGCCGCGCUCAACGCAGUGCGCCUGCUGGUGGUCGACCCCGAGACGGACGAGCGACUGCAGAAGCUGGGUGUCCAGGUCCGGGAGGAGCUGCUGCGAGCCCAAGACGGGCCCGGGCAGGCCGAGCCGCCGGUCGCCACCGAAGCGCAGGGAGCUGGUAACGAAAAUGAGCCGCAGGCCGCCGCGCCAGAACCGCGCGAGGUGGAGAAGAGCUGUCCCGAGCGGUGUGAGCUUCGGCCUCGGCUCUGCACCAUGAAGAAGGGUGCCAAUGGCUACGGCUUCAACUUGCACAGCGAUAAGUCCAAGCCAGGCCAGUUCAUCCGGGCAGUGGACCCAGACUCACCUGCCGAGGCCUCGGGGCUCCGGGCUCAGGACCGCAUCGUGGAGGUGAACGGGGUCUGUAUGGAGGGCAAGCAGCACGCAGAUGUGGUAUCUGCCAUCAAGGCUGGUGGGGACGAGACCAAGCUGCUGGUGGUAGACAAGGAAACCGAUGAGUUCUUCAAGAAAUGCAAAGUGACCCCGUCUCAGGAGCAUCUGAACGGUCCCCUGCCCGAGCCCUUUACCAAUGGGGAGAUCCGGAAGGAGAACAGCCGUGAAGUCCUGGCUGAGGUAGCCUCUGAGAGCCCCAGAUCAGCCCUGGCAAGAUCCACCUCCAGUGAUACCAGCGAGGAGCUGAAUUCCCAAGACAGCCCCAGGAAACAGGACUCCACAGCACCCUCGUCUACCUCUUCCUCCUCUGACCCCAUCCUGGACUUCAACAUCUCCCUGGCCGUGGCCAAAGAGAGGGCUCACCAGAAACGCAGCAACAAGCGGGCUCCGCAGAUGGACUGGAGCAAGAAAAACGAACUCUUCAGCAACUUCUGAGUGUCCUCCUGCGGGCACCAGGGAAAGCUGGUGCGACUGGGCCAGCCCCCCUGCCCCACCCGAGCCAGCUCCCUCUCCCUCCUCCCCACUCACUCCCCUCCCUAAUCUACACACAAAUCAGCACCAGCGUCCCUCCUCUAUCGGUGAAUCUGAUUUUUCUAGAGAACCGUGCUCUUCCCUUACCUUGGGGAAGGUGAAUAUGUUUCCAUCCUGCCCCAGUCAGCAAGCAGACUCUGGCUUGCGUCUCCUGAGUGCUUCAGCCUACCAGGAGCGCCCUCACCACACCCCUGGGACCUCAGUGAAACCCAUACCAAGCAAGGACCUGGGGACAGGCAAGAGGUCCUGUUCUUUCACGACCCCAAGUGAUGAGUCAAAGGUUAAUCAAGGACUGCUGAUUAUAGCAAUGCUGUGGAAUGGACAGGGGCCCGUCGUUCUCAGAGCUGCAGCUGGGGCAUUUACUUUUGUUCAUUUGAUUUUUUUUUUUUUUUUUUUUUUUGAGUGCAGUACCACAGAGUUUAGAGGGAUUUUUGUUUCCUUGAUUAACAUGAUUUUCCAGGUUGUUGCAUCCAGGACAUAGCAGCAACCUUAGCCUUAAACUUUGUUUUUGCUCCUACUACACGCCCCCCCCCCCCCCCCCCCCACCGGGAGCCCCGGGCAACAUGGGGAGGGUCUGGCCACCUCCUGUCCAGCCACCCCACUGUAAGGAAACUCCCAUCAGAAAUUCAACUGGCUUCCAAACCGC